UUUCUAAACAUGAUAGAAUAUUUCUACAUCUAUAGAACUCAUGUUGAUUACACAAAUUAUUUAUAAUAAAUCUUUGGUAAAAACGCUAAAAUGAAUGACAAGAAAUAGACAAGAAUGAGAAUGAUGAUAAUAAAAUCAAGAAUGUGAAAGU